AUGGGUGAAAUCGAUGACGGCGACGAACUAGCCACCCUGGGAAUGGGUGCACUUCAUAAAGCUUUUAAGAACAGCACGCUUUCUUGGAGGAAAAAGGGUGACGGCGCCGUCAUUAUUAACUUGAAGAGCAAAGAUACCGAGGACGUGACUGUUAAUAUCAAGUCUGGCGGCGACAAGAUUGGCGAAGUCCUGCUCAAAGCAGGGGGUACCGCCCAGUGGACGUCGAACGUUACUACGCUUGGUGGGAAGACUCUGUACAUGGAUCGCUGGCGACCAGGAUUUCUUGGUUUGCCUGGUACAGGUGGAGGUUCCCUGGUUUUGUGGGUGCCCAUUUCACGUCAAGGUGGUCAUUUAGAGGUUAACGCUCAGCUGAACGUGAGUUAG